AUAUACAUAUAUAUAACUUUGUUGUAUCAUACACGAUUAAAUGUGCACUUUGAAGAAAGAAUUACACAUAAAGAUCAAUUUCAAUAAAUUCUGAACAAAAAAAUUUACGACAAAUGUUAUAUAGAGAUAAGUCAAAUAAAGUUAUCAAUUUCCCUUGACAUAAACACACGGAAACAUGGAAUCGUGUAUGAGGGGGACUUGCUCAUCGACGUUGCAAUCAACUUCCGUUUUCACUAUGCUGAUACAAACGUUAAUCGCAUCCCAUUGCAGAUUAAGCAAUACAAACGAAUACCCUAGGGAUCGCAAAGAAGAGAUUUUAAAUUCGAAAAUGGAGUUCGAUUUUGUGAUCAUUGGUGCUGGGAGCGCGGGAUCUAUUUUGGCACGCAGAUUAACGGAAGUGAAGAAUUGGAACGUUCUGUUAAUCGAACGAGGAGGAUACCCUUUACCCGAAACCGAAUCACCUAGUCUCUACUUCAGUACCUUAAAGGGCCCGCAAAAUUAUCGUUAUGCGCUCGAGCAGCAAGAGGGUGUCUGUCUGGGUAUGAGAGACAAACGUUGCGUAUGGUCGAAAGGUAAAGCCGUUGGCGGAAAUUCGAGCAUCAACGGGAUGAUAUACAUCUUGGGUAAUCGAAAGGACUUCGACGAUUGGGCGAGCGAGGGGAAUCCCGGAUGGAGCUACGAGGAAGUGCUCCCUUACUUCAGAAAGUCGUCGAGCUGCUUGCUCGAAUUCACGGCGACAAGUAUUGCGGGACGGACGAUCCCCUUAAGAUCAGAUACUUCAACUACAGCGUGACAAACUUCGAGGAUAUCAUUCUGGAAGCGGCUCGAGAAGCGGGCCAUCACAUUCUCGAUCCGGUGAACGAUGAUCGUCACCUGGGAUUCGGAAGAACGAUGGGCAAUCUCGACCAAGGGAAACAGCAAAGUUGCUUGAAAGUAAAAUAAAUGUGAAACGGAUUGAUAUUGCAGAUGGUACAUAAAAUUUACAUAAUUGUAUAAAUUUUUACGUAAUUCUAUAUAAAAACAAAGUGUAAAGUCUGGAAAUACAGUUGAUUAUACAAAAGAUAAAAGUUUUGUUUUGAAAAUGUCUGGAU